AUGUGGAGUAAAGUCGUAGGCAUCGUAUCAGGAGUUAUGGCUACAGAUUUCACAAAUGUCACACGCACAUUGCUGACCUGUCCAAGACACGAUAGUCAAGCAUGUUCGGCUCCAUAUCGGGACCUAUUGAACCAGAUGGUCGUUGAAAAUCACGCUACAUUGACGAGUGACACACCCGGCCUCAAAAUCGGUGUCCCAACAGCACAAGAAACCGGCAUCUUCGCAUACAAAGGUCCGAUGAGUUGCGGCACCUGA